GUAAUUAAUGCAAGAUGCCUGGGGGUUCCACAGUUUCAUUCACCGGCAUGAACUCAUGCCUCUCUUCUCUGAAAACCUGCCAAUCGUACAUAAGCUCCGGAAUGGAUAUCGCAACAAAAGUUGCUCUUGACCUUGUGGAAAAUCACAAUGACAUGGAGGAAGUGAAUGAAAUGGAGAAGGUGAUGUUGGAAUAUGCAGCCAUGAGCAGAGAAGUAAGCCAUUAUGUGCAAGCAGUUGAAGAUACUGUAAAUCAGAUAAAGAGAGAGAAACCAGAAACUCUACCGGAUUUGGAAGAUUUAGUCCAGGAGAAGUUUACAGCCCUGGAGAGAACAAACAAUGACCUUGAGCUGAGCAGGAAUGAAAAAUUUGCCCUUUUUAAGAAGCAGCUGAAGCAAAUGAAAACGCAGUUCGGUGUUCAGCAGGAUGCAGGAGAAGGUGAAGCCCUCGAACAAGUUGAUGAAGAUCUAGCUGUGACACAAAGUCAGAUGAAUUUCAUAUGCCCCAUCACACAGGUGGAAAUGAAGAAACCAGUCAGGAAUAAAAACUGCGGUCACAUCUAUGAGGAGGAGGCCAUCCUGGGAAUUAUUACCCACAAGGAGAACCAAAGGAAGAAAGCCCCCUGUCCCCAGAUUGGCUGUAACAAUGCCGAAGUCAAGAGAUCGGACCUGGUGCUAGAUGAAGUCCUUAAAAGAGCAAUCGACCACCGUCAGAGUCAACACAGCCAGUCAACACGGUAGAGGUCUGCUGGCGCUGUGGCGGUUGUUAGGACAAAGAAGAUGGAAUGUUAGAAGAGGUCGCCGGCGAUAAAUUGCUGAUUGUUCCGAUGGUUGUGUAACAGGCUGUUAUUUAAAAUAUUCCCGUUCCAGGCAAAGUUGAAGGUCUGACCUGUUAACUGAAAACAUUUCCAUUGCUAUUUUGAGACUUCCAAUCCAGCUUGCUUUGUUAUGUUUUUAAAAUUCCAUCCUGUAUUUUACAUCUUGCAUUUUUAUAAAUAAAAGGUGAGGGUUUCCUUUUU